UUGAAUGGCCUGUGGCACGUCCCGUGGAAAAAGAAGAAAUCAUCGACAUUCAGAUCUUCAACUACAACAAAUACCUCAGCAACAGACUGAUUGGCACAUUCCGUAUGAUCCUGCAGGAGCUUGUAGAUGUCGGACACGUCAAAAUUUCUGACUCGCUACUGGAUGGCAACAAUGUAGUAAUGAGGACAACGAUUACAUUUGAGCUAACGUACAACGCCCCGGACGGGUCGGUUGGGUUAUGGCAGAAAGGUGAAUUCAAACAGUUGAAGAGUGAUGAACUUCGUGUGCCCUUAACAGAAGAGGAACGGAAUCAACUAAACCUGGGGAGUCGCAGCAGCUUUGGGGACUCCGAAUCCAUUCUGACCAGUCCCUCAAAGGCUUCUCUUCGAGAAUCUCGUCUCAGUCUCGCCUCGAAAACCUCACGUACCUCAGGCGGAAGGUCACCCAAACAUGUAAAGAAUUUCCCCUCUGUGGUCAAGAUGAUGAUGGGUUCAGGGAAGAGGUCAGAUGUCGAUGAGAAACAGUCCUUAAUAGACGAGAUUGAGACAGACCCUAGCCUAGAUGCUCGAGCAGCUGAGGUGGCGUCCAUGUUAGGGGCCCGAGCUGACCAGAUGGAGGAUGACCAGGGCAGUCAGUCUUCUGCAAUAGCUACACCUGUCACCAAUAGGAGAAACAAGGGGAGAGCUCAGCAAAUGGAGCCAGCCUCAUUAAAAGCCCAGGAUUUUCAGGUCUGCAUAACUGUGAUAGAAGCAAGACAAUUGGCCGGACUCAACAUGGAUCCUGUGGUCUGUGUCCAGGUUGGUGACCAGAAGAAAUAUACAAGUGUGAAAGAAUCUACCAACUGUCCUUACUACAGCGAGUAUUUUGUAUUUGACUUCCACAUGGCCCCUGCCAUGUUGUUUGACAAGAUCAUCACAUUGACAGUUUGUCAAUCGGGACGUCUAUUCCGCUCCAACAAGCCGCUCGGAACAUACAAACUUGACGUCGGCACGGUUUACAAUGCACAAGAUCGGCAGUUUUACCACAAAUGGGCAAUGUUGACAGACUCGGACGACAUCAAUGGAGGGGUCAAAGGUUAUGUCAAAGUGGACAUCGCUGUGAUAGGCAAAGGAGACUCUGUCAAGGUUCCUCCGAAAACUGACAAGGAUGAGGACGAUAUUGAAGGAAAUUUGUUACUACCGGAGGGUGUUCCUGCUGAUCGUCAGCGUGCCAAAUUCACAGUCCGGGUCCUGAAGGCAGAGGGCCUACCCAAGAUGAACACAGGGAUAAUGGCCAAUGUGAAAAAGGCUUUUACUGGGGAAACCAAGGACCUAGUGGACCCCUAUGUAUCGGUGUCCUUCGCAGGACAUGUGGGGAAGACGACGGUGAAGAAGGGUUGUUACGAACCUGUAUGGAAUGAACAACUUGUGUUCACCGAGAUGUUUCCACCGUUAUGUCGGAGGAUGAAAGUUCAGCUGCGGGACAGUGACAAAGUCAACGAUGACAUUAUCGGCACAUUUUUCAUCGAUAUCUCCAAGAUAUCCAAUGAGGGAGACAAAGAGAAGACAAGCACCAAAGAUGGUUUUCUUCCGACCUUUGGUCCAUGCUGGAUAAACUUGUAUGGGUCGAUACGUGACUACCACAUACUGGAUGAGCACACACACCUCAACGAUGGCCUUGGGGAGGGAGUAUCCUAUCGAGGCCGCAUGCUCAUCUCCCUAAAAACGGACAUUAUAGACAGUGUGGAGGAGGGAUUUAACAAAGCCAUGGUCGAGUUGGAACCAGCACUGCCAAUACCAGAGAAUGCAACAGGACGAUUAGAGGAAUACUUCCUGUUUGGAUGUUUCCUAGAAGCCUCUAUGAUUGACAAGAAAGUGGGAGACAAGCCUGUCCAUUUUGAAAUUAGCAUUGGUAGGUACACCCAAUCUAGUGGCUCACCUAAUGCUGGAAACACACUAGAUGGGUACAACCCACCCACCAAGAAAAGACAGGACUCUAGUAGUGAGGAGGAAAGCGAAGAGGAAGGCGAGGAUGGACCGAUGGAGAAACUCGUCAGUACCGAUGCCCCCAAGUGGCAGAGUCACACACCACCCCUUCGCCCAGUCACCCGUGAUCGAUGCUACUACCACCUUCCAUUCUAUGAUGACAAGCCAUGCGUAUACAUCAAGGAAGUGUUUGAGGACCAUCGAAGGAGAAUGUACAAUACUAACAUCAUCAACAAAAUCGCCGAAAAACUGGAGGAUGGAAUAAACGAUGUGCAUGAGAUGAUUAAUCAGGAACAGCCAUUCCCGGAGAAACGUCUCCGUGGAGUGUUCGAAGAGCUUGGAUCUUCAGCUUCAAAAUUCGUCACAAUUGUCAAGGGAACAAGUGGGGGAGCCACGGCAGGCAAAACUAAACUGGACAAGGAACGACAGAAAUUACUCAUCAGGGAAAUGGAUCAGAUGUCUACACUUGCCCGCAGUAUGAAGGCUACUGUAUCCAAGGGAAAUCUCAAGGACAAACUUCGCUAUGCAAGCCAGUAUCUGCAACGACUAAAGGGCCUCACCUUGGAGCCCCAACACGCCCUGCCCGAUGUGUUUAUAUGGAUGGUGAGCGGCAACAAGAGAAUCGCCUACCAGAGAAUUCCCGCAAUGGACGUCAUCUACUCCAUUGUAGACGAGGAGCGUGGCAAAGACUGCUCACGUGUUCAGACCCUGCUCCUCAAGUUACCAGGCAAGAAAGCCACCAGUCAGGCUGGUUGGGCAAUUCAGGCCAAGGUCCAGUUGUAUCUAUGGCUUGGUCUGGCCAAGCACAAAAAGGACUUCCUCAAUGGACUGCCUGGAGGUUACGAAACAAACAAACUUACCCAACUGGCUACCAAACCACAGGGAAUUCCCCCACCGUUUAUACAUUACACAGAAAAGCAAUUGUUCCAGUUACGAGCACAUCUUUAUCAGGCCCGCAGUCUGAUUGGCUCUGAUGCGUCUGGACUCUCUGACCCCUUUGCACGAAUUGCCUUUGGGGAACAGAGUGUUUGUACACAAGUAAUUGAGGAAACCCUGAGCCCAACUUGGGAUGAAAUGCUCAUCAUCAACGAGGUCACAAUGUUUGGAUUGAUGGACGAAAUCGCAAACAAUCCACCAACGAUUAUAGUCGAACUCUUUGACCAGGACAAGGUGGGUAAAUCUGAGUUUAUCGGACGGUCAACCACAAAGCCACUGGUGAAGAAGAGUAAUGAAAAGUACGAGACCCCUAAAUUUCCUCCGCGCUUGGAGUGGUGGGAUGUCCAUAGAGGGCCUGACCGUGCUGGAGAACUGUUAGCGACCUUUGAACUCUUACAGUUGGCAGCUUUUGGUGAUAUGUCCGGGCAGGAUUUACCUCCCCUUGAACUUCCAGCUGCAGCAGACAAAGAUCGCGGGCCAAUUAUGCCUGUACCCAAGGGCAUUCGGCCAGUUCUCAGCAAGCAUCGCAUAGAGGUGCUGUUCUGGGGUGUACGGGACCUGAAGCGUGUUCAGCUGACCUCGGUUGACAAGCCUCGUAUUGACAUUGAGUGUGCGGGACAAGUCCUUCAGUCCUCCAUCAUACAGACCUGCAAGAAAAACCCCAAUUUCAAUGUCCCUGUCAAAUUCUUUGAUGUGGAACUGCCAGAAAAUGAGUUGUAUUGUCCUCCAAUCACGAUUCGCUGUGUGGACUGUCGGAAUUUUGGACGCUAUGUCCUGGUUGGUACCCACGUUAUCAAUUCCCUACACAAGUUUAUGUAUGUACCUACAACCAAGAAAGCCAAAUCCAUCAUCUCCAAGCUGUUUCCAGAGGGUGAAGGUUCCAUCUCAGGAAAGGAUCCAGAUGCGCCCAAGAUCAUCAGCGACGGACACGUGUCGGUGAAAGCAGAUGAUGUAGCUGUGACAAUCGACGAACGUCUGCCACUAGUUCACAAGGAGCCACAUAUUAACAUAGAUACAGCUGCUGAAAAGAAAGAAAAGAAAACGGCAGAAAACAAGAAAAGGAAGAAGAGCUCAACAGAGGAUGAGGACGACCUUGACCUUGAAAGUCUGGACUGGUGGAGCAAAUAUUUUGCUUCAGUAGACACCUUGAUCAUGGAUCCAGCCUCAUCAACCAAUCAGGAGCAUGACCGUGCUCGGGCUGAUGGUAUAGAUCCACUUGACCUGGACAGUAAAGAUGAGGUUGUUUCCUCUCAGCAACAGCAGUCACAAAACACCCUCCAAAACGGUCAAGGUAAUGGAGUCAACUACGGUGCGAUCCCGAACGGUCAAGAUACAGGCCAUGAAGAAGAUGAUCCUGACUUCAAUGCAAAAGAGGCCAAAAAGUUUGAAGCUGCUCUGAAAAAAAUGGAGAAACAAGACAACAAGGGGGAGAAGAAAUCCAAGGGGUCGAGUCUCGCCUCCAAACUGUCGCCGAAAUCGCAGAGAAAGAAGGAUAAAACAAAAAAUUCCACUGCGCAGCUCAAGACUAUAUCAUCUGGAAUAUUUUCCUCCGGUUUGUCCACAUUUGUCAACAAAGCCUUUAAGUCAGAUAGCGAUGAUGACGAGUUAAAAAUUACAGAGGAAUUACCGAAAAGUACCUUACUAAAGGUGUACCCCUGUGAGUUGGAAAGUCUUAGUGACUUUAGUAACUUCAAAGAUUGGCUUCACACCUUCGAGUUAUAUCGCGGCAAAAAGACAGGAAACGAGGACACGGACGAAAGCCGAGUGGUUGGAAAGUUCAAGGGAUCACUGAAGAUCUACAAAAUCCCCCUCCCGGAUGACAUCGAGGACACAACUGUGACAGGGGGUGAUCCCUCCCUGGGGCUGUUUCAGGGUCUCCCCGGGAAUGACCCUAUCAAAGUCCUAGUCAGAGUCUACGUGGUUAAGGCCAACGAUCUACACCCUGCCGAUAUGAAUGGUAAGGCUGACCCCUAUCUGGUUAUCCGACUCGGUCAAACGACCCUCAACGACAAGGAAAACUACCUCUCCAAACAACUCAACCCUGUCUUUGGCAAAUGUUUUGAGAUCGAGGCCACGUUUCCGAUGGAGUCCCUCCUCACGGUUCAGGUGUAUGAUUGGGACCUGGUCGGAAUGGACGACCUUAUUGGUGAGACACAACUUGACCUUGAGAACCGCUAUUACAGCCGUCAUCGAGGGACAUGUGGAUUCAGCGCCAAGUACGAUAUACAAGGGUACAACAUGUGGCGGGAUCCGAUGAAACCCACUCAGAUUCUGGCCAAGCUCUGUAAAGAAGGAAAAGUGGAUGGACCACACUACCAGCCCGGCAAAGUCCGCAUUGCCAACCGUAUCUUCACCGCCUCCAUGGACCAAGAUUUUGACAACGAUAAUAAAGCUCGUGAAGAACACCUAGCCCUUUAUGUACUGAAACAUUGGGAGGAGAUACCAAAGGUGGGGCGUAAACUUGUGCCGGAACACGUGGAGACGCGGCCAUUGUAUAACCCGGAGAAACCUGGAAUUGAACAGGGUAAGGUUGAGAUGUGGGUGGAUAUGUUCCCCAUGGACAUGCCCGCCCCUGGGCCACCCGUCGACAUCAGUCCAAGGAAACCAAAAAGCUAUGAGUUGCGCUGCAUUAUUUGGAAUACAGACGAUGUGGUUCUAGAAGAUGAUGCUUUUUUCACUGGUGAAAAAAUGAGUGAUAUUUAUGUGAAGGGAUGGAUCAAAGGACAAGAGGAUAUGCAAAACACAGAUAUACAUUACAGGUCCCUAACCGGGGAGGGAAAUUUUAACUGGAGGUUUGUCUAUCCGUUUGAAUACCUGAUUGCUGAGGAAAAAAUUGUCAUCUCACGAAAGGAGUCCUUAUUUUCUUGGGAUGAAUCGGAAACAAAGAUCCCAGCCAGACUUAACCUACAGGUGUGGGAUGCGGACCAUUUCUCCGCGGACGACUUCCUUGGUGCCCUGACCCUUGACCUGAACCGGUUCCCACGUGGUGCCAAGUCAGCGAAACUAUGUUCACUGGACAUGCUAAAGACCGAUGGAAGUGUACCACAGAUGUCACUCUUCAAACAGAAGAGGGUCAAGGGGUGGUGGCCAUUUGCAGUCAAGAGUGACGGAGGAGAGGAAGAGUAUGAACUCACAGGUAAGGUAGAGGCAGAAUUACACCUACUGUCCAUGGAAGAAGCAGAGAAACACCCUGCAGGCCUGGGUAGAAAUGAACCUGACCCACUGGAAAACCAAAGUAAUCGCCCAGAUACUUCGUUCAUCUGGUUCCUGAGUCCCCUCAAAUCCAUUCGCUACAUCUUGUGGAACAACUACAAAUGGGUAAUCCUCAAGAUGCUCAUCUUCAGCGCGUUGACAGCCAUCUUGGUUCUCUUCUUCUACGCCAUGCCGGGUUAUACCGUCAAGAGGAUGUUCGGCGCUUAGUCGCCCGGACUCGUCGUUCAUCUGGUUCCUGAAUCCCCUAAAAUCUAUCCGCUAUAUUUUGUGCCACAACUACAAAUGGGUUAUAAUCAAAGUGCUGAUUGUCUUAGCACUGGCAGCCAUUUUGGUUCUCUUCUUUUACGCCAUGCCUGGUUACAUGGUCAAGAGGAUGUUUGGGGCCUAGGAUCCACAGGACAGUCUCGAAAACACCGACUGAGGACGUUCAUAUCCAGUGUAUACCCGCAAACUAGCGUAGACUAUUUUGGUUUUCUUAAUAUCAUACAGAUACAUCAUUAGUGGUCAGGAAGGAAGCCACAUUUCCGGGAUUGAUCAAAUAUUGAUCACCAUGGUAACUGUGUCUGUCGAGUAAUAGACAGUUGGAAUCCUAUAUACCACAGGAAGUAGGGCUGUCGAAACAAUAGCUGUACGGAAAUGUCAAUACUCUCGACGCGCUUCACUGCUUCAACUCGGAUAGCCAAGGGUUUAAAAUAUCCUAAUAUACAAAAAUGCUCCUUACCUAUUACGGAAAGUGCUCAUAAACCUUGUGUACAAUAACACUAACCUCCGAAGUGCAAUAAACUCGUUAUACCUGUUUCAUUUUUACAUGUUGACACAAUUUACCUUGUACAAAAUGUAUUAUAGUCAAAACAUUUUUAUAUGUUUACAACUUUUUCAAGUCUCAUUUUUUUUUUUUUUUUUUUCAUUCAUCAUCAUCUCCAUACAUAACUAAAAAAUUCCUCAAACUUUCUCCAUUCAAUAAAAAAAAAUACUGGGUAAUAUUGUAUUUGCUCACACAUUCCAUUUAUCUUUAUUUCCUGGCUGCUUUACGGUAUCUGCCCAUCGUUCUUGAUAUUACGGUAGAUUUAUUCGUAUUUGUACUUGAGAAAACAACUUCUGACUGUGCAAACGAUAAUCAGCAUAUAUUUGUGCAAUAGAAAUUUUUGAUAAUUUAAAUAUAAACAAUAACAUAAUUCGGUGUUGGAUAUUAAUUCAGGGGUUCCCAGUAAUGUGAACAAGGGUGGAUUUAACAUCGGAAGUGUUUAAAAAACGUGGUAAGACAGGGUUGAAUCCUGUAAUAUUUUGUUUGGUUGUUUCAUAUUCAUAUGAAUGAAGUUUUAAUACACAAGAACUGAGAAUUGUGAUAUACGUUUAUGCAUACAUUGUAUAUAGAUGUUUAUUCAAUGUUUACACUUGUACAUAGGGAUGUUUUUACUUGUAUGUUUACACAAUGUUUUUGUGAUGUUUGCUCUGUGUUGAUUGGUCACCCAUCUCUCAUUCACGUAGGACAAUUGACCAAUGGUCAUUAGCAGACAACAUUUAGAGGUGAAGGUCUUCUAGAUAGCACAGUAGUGAUAAAUGACUUUUCUAUUAGCAGAGCACAGGAAAGUUCAAGGUCAUUUGGACAUGUAGGCUGUAGCUGUAUUUCAUCUACAGUGAGAAUUGUAAAAUUUUACUCAUACAAUUAAUUAUUAUGAAAUUCAUGCGACAAACCAACAUUUCACCUGUCACAAAAAAAAAGUACACAAGCAGUUCACAAAAAAUUCUGGGCAGUUCAUCAACUUUUCAAAACUGUUCAUCAAUUCAUGAAAAUGUUCAUCAUUCACUCAGAAGUGUUAUUUGUCCAAAUCACAAAUCUUAGAUAAUUUAUGCACAGUGAUGACCGCCUGCCUAGUACCCUGUUCAACGAUUGCCAUUCAUUGGUCACUCUAGGUGUAUCAGCUGUUGGUCAUAGGUAGGUGUAAGUCAUUGGUCAAUAGUAGUCACAUGACCCAUCAUCAGUCACUAGUUGUAAUAGCCAAUGGUCAAAAAUAGUGUAAGUCAUUGGUCACUAUACAUAUGUAGUUGUAAUAGUUGCUGGUCACAUCAGCCAUCGGUCAAGUUUCAAGAAGACCUAUAAGCAUCUUGGUCAUACAUGUUCCAUAUAUUAUAUUGACAAUUUCAAAAUGUGCAUGUCAUUUUUCUGGACCAAGGUCAUCUGGAACAUGCAGAGGUCAACUGUUAAGAUGUAUCUAUCAACAAUUAGUAAUUAACGACCAACAACAAUGAAAUGGAAAUAUUUAAGUAAUCUUGACAAGCAGACCUGACACCUGAUGUUUAUAAACUGUGAUUAAUUGUUAUUUGUUAAGUUUACAACAAAAUACUGGUUGUGUCCUUUUUGUGUUUAUUUCAAGAAUAUAAGUGUAUAUAUCUUUUACCUAUGCCAAAGUGUACCCUGUUUCUUCUUUCUACCAUUUGUUCAGAAAUAAAUCUUUUCAAAACUUUAACAUUGAGAAUUAUGACAUACCUUUUACUAUUAGUAAUUAAUUAGUAAUAUAUAUACAAAAUGCAGAAAAAUGAACUCAAAACUUGAUCAUAUAGCUGUUCUGUCUUUCCAGCAUAGCAUUUGGCUCCUCAGUCUGAGAAUUCAAUAAAACUGGGAGCUGUUUUUCUUUUCACAAAAAGUUCUGCUGUACAGUUGUCAUAACACGAGCUCAGCACUGUACAGUUGUCUUGAUACCAGUUCAGGACUGUACAGUUGUCUUAACAGGUCAAGACUGUACAGUUGCCAUGACACCAGUUCAGGACUAUAUAGUUGUCAUGACACCAAGUCAGGACUGUACAGUUGUCUUAACAGGUCAAGACUGUACAGUUGCCAUGACACCAGUUCAGGACUGUAGUUGUCAUGACACCAAGUCAGGACUGUACAGUUGUCAUUACACCAGUUCAGGACUGUAUUUGUCAUGACACCAGUUCAGGACUGUACAGUUGUCAUGACACCAGGUCAGGACUGUAUAGUUGUCAUGACACCAGGUCAGCACUGUACAGUUAUCAUGACACCAGGUCAGGAAUGUACAGUUGUCAUGACACCAAGUCAGCACUGUACAGUUGUCAUGACACCAGGUCAGGACUGUAUAGUUGUCAGGACUGUACAGUUGUCAUGACACCAAGUCAGCACUGUACAGUUGUCAUGACACCAAGUCAGCACUGUACAGUUGUCAUGACACCAAGUCAGCACUGUACAGUUGUCAUGACACCAAGUCAGGAUUGUACAGUUGUCAUGACACCAAGUCAGGAUUGUACAGUUGUCAUGACACCAAGUCAGCACUGUACAGUUGUCAAGACACCAGGUCAGCACUGUACAGUUGUCAUGACACCAAGUCAGCACUGUACAGUUGUCAUGACACCAGGUCAGCACUGUACAGUUGUCAUGACACCAAGUCAGCACUGUACAGUUGUCAUGACACCAGGUCAGUAUUCAUUUAGUCAUAGGUAAGACUUAUCUAGUUGUCAUGGUAACAGUUCAGAUCAAUUUAGCAAAUGGAUCCAAGGAGUGUCUUGUUUACCCAUGAAAGAAAUAGACAGAAGUGUUUAUUCUUAGUUAAUGUAAGUUAUCAACUUGUAUAGAUCUACACACCUAGAGAUUUUCACAAUGUUAGAUAUCUUAUAAUGAUAUACCCAGCCUACUUACUAACUUACUCUCACAGUUCAGGGAAGGAUAGUCAGAAAUCGUUAAUGCUUCAAAAUUGUGUCACAAAUUUUGCCCCAAGUUACGAAUGGUAGAGUAUUGUUAAAAAUUGAUACAUACUUGUGGAUGCUAGUGUCCACAUUUGUUUGUGACUUGCAUUUAUGUUACAAGUUGCAAAUUAACCAGGUUCUAGUUUGAAAAAAUUAUAUAUAUCAGAUUAAACUUCAAAUCGAGGAGCCUUCAUUUUUUUUUUUUUUUUUUUUCUAAAUGACACCAAACACAGAAAUUGUUAAUUAUGAAUAUACACCAGCUGCAGGAACUGAUGUUAAAUAGAUAAUCUAUAUAUCGUGUAGGCUUCGACACCUGCCGACGGAGGUGGAUCGUCUAUAUAUAUAGAUAUACACUCAGCACACCUGUAAUUAUUGAGGUGUACACUGCCGGCUGGUUACGGCCUACCAUAUCAUACAUCUAUUAUCAUUGUAUUACACGGAAAUGAUCUAGUGUUUCGUUACGUAAACCUUUGACCUGUAAUGUAGACGGGUGACAUAUGUACAAUGAUGAUGAGUAUUCCGAUGUCAAUGCUGGGUUUUCAAUAUCUUUUUGCUACUGUUCAUCACUAUAUGGUUUAAAUUAUUUAAAAAAUACAAAAAUAUAUAUAUAUAGUUUAACAAAAAUGGGGAUCUGGUUCGAUUGGGGAGAAAGAGGAUUAUUGAAGCUGAUUAGGAAAAAAGACAGCAAAUUAAAGAGAAGAGCUCAAUUUCGGAUAUACAUAUAUUUCAUGUACAAGUAUAAAUGAGAGAUAUUGGGAUUUGAUAAGAAUUUUUAUCUUAAUUAUCAAGGCCGAUAUAGGAAGAAAAUAAAGUUUUUCAUGAGAAUACACACACAUCCACACAUCCCUCACCCCCAGGACAAGCGAUACCAGAGGCAACCAAUCAGGUGUCACAUGAGCCUUGGCCAUCCGAGAGCUGACCUAGGAUGACAUGAAUUUGAUAAGUGUACAUUGAGAAGCAGGUAGAGUUCGCUCAUUGUGUCUCUCGAUUACAGCUGGUAUCUUAGUUAGAUUUUAUCUCUGUAAACUCCUGUAUAUCCCAGAUGUUGUUUUUCCUGGAAAAAAGAUAUUUGUAAAUAAAUACAAAGUGCGAAAUCCUAUCUAAGCAUUGAGGAAAUAUUUGAUUUACAUGAAUUUUGAGCUGGAAUUCCGUAAUUAAAUUAAAUAUUUCAGAGGGCUGCCUAACAGGAAGUUGUUUGUAAUAAAUAUUCAAAGAAUGGCUCAUCUUUAAUACAAUUUUUUUUUUCCAAAGUACAUUUAACUUUUCUAUUUUAACCAAAUUGAGGAAGAGAGAGUUCCCCAUCUGUGGUAGGUUGUACAUAAUAUUAAAAUCAAAUCUAUAAACAUUUCAUACAAAUGUGAACAGUGAAAAAAUCUUUGUUAAGUGAAGUCUUUUUUUUUUUCUUCUGCCCUUAUGAAGAUUUAUCAGAAAUUCUUCAUUCACGCAGAACUGAUGUUUCACCGACGUGUAAAUGCAGGGUUUUCCCUCCGUCUAGUGAUCUUUGCUAGGUUUUCUACGGGACAGAAAGCCUAGCCAUAAAACUCAAGUACGCAAACAUUUUAAAUGCCUUUUUAUCAAACUAUAUUUAACAGUUAUGCCCACUGAACUCCCAGGAUCUUUUUUAUGAAAAAUGGUUAUUUAAGAAUUAGAGCUCAUUUUGUAAUCUGAUUUAUUUGCAGCACUAAGGCAGUAGAUAUGGGGCUUCGUGGACGUGUCUGACACGCAGAGUACGCACAACUGUAGGAAAAAUGAAACGAGAGAAAAAAUAGCCCUAGAUAAAAUGAAAUAUUAUUAAUUACAUAUACAUUAUCAACAGAGCAUAAGUUUUAAAUGACGUACAUGGAUCUGUAUCAAAUUUUCCCAUUUUGACUAACCCGAACAUGAUAAUUUUUUUUAUUGAAACUAUGCAGUGAGAAUGCUAUUUUGUAGAACAAAGACAUUUAAAACACCAUACAAUUUUAAAAGAGUAUAAUUUCAUGAUUAAUUUUUUUCAUGUAUAAUGAAAUGGUUUUUCCACUGAACUAACAAUGACUUCACCACAGGAAAUAUGACAAUAAUAUUCAGUUUCAAAUAUCUAUAAUUUUUUCUCGGUCCAGUUGAUGACUUUUAUCUUGAUAAAGUUAACCAUAAAAUAAUAAUGAUUUGGCACACGAGUACAGAGUUAUAUAGAAUUCAGUGCUGUCAAUAUAUUAGUUUUAUUUAAUGUUUUAUCAUUGACAUGUUUGUUAAACAUACAUUAGGGGAAAGUUGUGUGCAAUAACAUUGUUUAAAGGCAGUCCUAGAACGACAAUAAAAUUGUUUAAUUUUAGCACAUCACAGUAAGUACUAGUGUCACAGUUAAAUGUACUAGAGCUACUACAUUAAGUUGAAAUGUUCUCAUUAAAAUUCUCAAAGUGUCUACCAGUCUAUUGUUAUUUGGAUUACCAAGGUUCAACACGUUGGUACUGUAGGCUUAGUAACAAAAGUCACACCGCAUACAGUAUUUUGAACAUUAGUGAGUAACUUUCGCUGUAACCUUGGUUACCAAGGCUCCACUGUACAGUUACUGUGGCCUUGGUUACCAAGGUUUUAAAGUACACUGUCACUGUAGCCUUGGUUACCAAGGCUCCAUGGUACAGUUACUGUAGCUUUGGUUACCAAGGCUCCACUGUACAGUUACUGUAGCCUUGGUUACCAAGGCUCCACUGUACAGUUACUGUAGCCUUGGUUACCAAGGUGUUAAAGUACACAGUCACUGUAACCUUGGUUACCAAGGUUUCAAAGUACACAGUCACUGUAACCUUGGUUACCAAGGUUUCAAAGUACACAGUCACUGUAGCCUUGGUUACCAAGGUUUCAAAGUACACAGUCACUGUGGCCUCGGUUACAGAGAUAUCACUGCACAGUUACUUAGAAAAGUUGUUAAUUAACAAAUGUCUUUCAAGUUUGAAUUUAAUGCAAUCUUAGUUCUGUUGUCAUAGUAACAUGUGUUGUCAAUAAAAUGUUUGUGUCACAAUC